AUGAUAAUAAUUUGGAAGAAAGAAAGAAAGAAAGAAGAAGAAGAAAAAAGAGAAUAAGAAGAAGAAUACGAUGACGAAGAGAAAGAAGAUGACGAGAACAAAGAGAAAUAAGACGACGAUGACGAAGAGGAAGAAGAUGAGGAUGACGAAGAUGACGAAAAGGAAGAAGACGACGAUGACGAAGAGGAAGAAGAUGACGAGGAAGAAGAGGAAGAAGACGACGAUGACGAAGAGGAAGAAGAUGACGAUGACGAAGAGGAAGAAGAAGAGGUUAAAGAGGAAAGGGAAGGCAAAGAGGAACACAAAAAAUAGAAGAAGAGAGAGAAGAAGGCAAAAAGGGGAAAAGUUGCAAGCAUUUUAAGAUAAAAAAGAAGAAAAAGAAGGCAAUAAAAUGAGUACCUUCUUUUAGCUCAUGCUUUCAGACGGCCUUCUUUUAUUUUUCUACUUCCUCCUAAAUCUACAUUUUGAGAAUGGUAAACCGGGUGUGUUGUUUCAUUAAGUAUAUAUUUAAUUUACUAAACAUUAGCCUUAUGUUCGCAUUAAGCGUAAACGUCUGAGUGGCAGUCUUGAAAAAUCUUGUUCUGAACACUUAUGUUAGCUUCACUACACAGCAUCAAGCAUUUAUAGACAGAUCGGUAAAAUAAUGAUUUUCAUUUAUUUGUUGAUUAGAAAAGAUUUCUUUGCAAACAGAAGAAGCUUGCCUUGUUUUUAAUGUAGAGCAGGUUGAUUUUGUCAUGUUAAUCAGUACAUCCAUAUGUUUUGAUAAAAGGCUUAUGAUAGAAAGUGACCUGAUUUCUUUUAUAAGAAACAAAGAUCGACGCUGAGUGCUCUAGUCUUUUAAGGCUUUGGGAGUACGAAUAGAAAUAGAGUAGGAAUGUGAGCGUUUUAUGGACUUUCUUGGUUUUAGAAUGGCUUUUACUGGAAGAGGAUGUAGGACAUAGCUCUCAUUCUACAGCCUCUUUUCUCGUAAUCGAUUUUAUCUCUGCAUGUGCAUAGGAUUUAACAUUUGAAAGCCAACAAAUAUGCUCGCUCAUCUCCCUAUCAAUUUCUCUAUGGCAGAUUUCGCGAGUCAUGUUACACUAGAAAGGCCUUCGGGUGUUUCUCUUCCAAACCACAACAA